AUGGACUUUCUACCACUGCUGCAUCUUCUUCUCAGCAUCACCACUUGCUUUGCUUCUUUUGGGCAGCCACUUUGCCAUAAUGAUGACAGCGUUGCCUUGUUGGAGUUCAAGAACAGCUUUAAUUUAGACAAGUUUGCUUCUACAAAUCAUUUCGCAUAUCCCAAAGUUUCAUCCUGGAGAGUAGAAGAGAACAGAGAUUGCUGCUCAUGGGAUGGUGUGGAGUGCAAUACUGACACAGGUCGUGUCGUUGCUCUAGACCUUACCAGCAGUUUCCUUCACGGUUCUAUUAACUCCACCAGCAGUCUUUUCAAGCUUUCUCAACUUCAAAGGCUUAACCUUGCUGAUAAUGAUUUCAACUUCUCUCAUAUCCCUUUUAAAAUGGGUCAUCUUUCAAGGUUAACGAACCUCAACCUAUCUCAUUCAUCUUUUUAUGGCCAAGUUCCAUUUGAGAUCUCACGACUCUCUAAUCUGUCUUUGCUCGACCUGUCGUCCAAUGAUUUGGAAUUGAAGAGUCCAAAUUUGAGUAGGUUGGUUAGAAAGUUAAGAAACCUGAAACAACUUCAUCUUAAUUACGUCGACAUAUCCUCCACAGUGCCGAGCUUUUUGUCAAAUUUCUCGUCAUUAACAUCCUUACUUCUAGAUGGGUGCAGCUUGCACAGUGAGUUCCCAAAUGGAAUUUUUCAAAUUCCACACCUACAAGUCCUUGAUUUGCAGAACAACCCUCACCUUAUGGGUUAUCUACCUGAGUUUCACUCUAACAGUUCUCUGGAGGUAUUGCUACUUCACAACACAGGUUUUUCUGGAAAAAUACCCUCUUCCAUUGAAAACCUUCAUUUCCUGCAUCAGUUAGAUUUCAGAGCGUGUAGGCUUUCAGGGUUGGUUCCGUCUUCGCUUGGUAAACUAACCAAGCUUACUUCUUUGGAACUUUCAGGAAAUAAUUUUGAGGGAAAUCAAUUCCCUUCUUUUCUUCAAAACCUCACCCAGCUCACCAAGUUAUGGCUAAAAGAAUGUCAGUUAAUUGGUGAAAUUCCAGCUUGGCUUGGAAACCUAACCCAAUUAACAGAUGUUGGACUUCAUGUAAAUAAUAUGCAUGGUCACAUCCCAUCAUCGCUUGGUAAACUAACCAGGCUUACCAAUUUGAACCUUGUAGAAAACAAUUUUGAGGGUCAAAUCCCUUCUUUUCUUCAAAACCUCACCCAACUCACUGUGUUAUGGCUUGGUGACAAUCAAUUCAACGGUGAAAUUCCAUCUUGGUUUGAAACUUUUACCCAUUUAACUCAGUUAAAUCUUGGAAUGAAUAAGUUCCAUGGUCUUAUCCCAUCUUCCCUUGGUAGACUAACUAGCCUCAUUGAGUUGGACCUUCAACAAAACAAGUUUGUGGGUCAAAUCCCUUCCUUUCUUCGGAACCUCACAAACCUUAUAUACCUUUCUCUUCAAGACAAUGAAUUGAGCGGCUCACUGUACUUUGACAUGUUUUGUGGCUUGAAAAAUCCGAGUUCCCUUAAAUUGCUUGAUUUUUCUAAUAACCAUUUGACUGGCAUGCUUCCACAAUGUUUUGAAAAUCUCAACAAUAGUCCUUUGAUGUUCUUGAAGAUGAGUAACAACCGUUUUCAUGGUAACAUUCCCCAAAUAUGUGCACAUGGAAGUAAUUUGAGAAUGAUUGAUCUAAGCCACAAUCAGUUCCAAGGACCUUUACCGCACAUGUUGGCCAAUUGUCUGAUGCUUGAAGUUCUCAAUCUCGGGAAUAAUCGAUUCGAUGAUGUUUUCCCUUCAUGGUUAGGCACUCUUCCAAACUUAAGGCUACUUAUACUGCGAUCCAACAACCUUCAUGGAGUGAUAAGGAAGCAUAGCAAUUAUGGGUUUUCUAGUCUGCAUGUUUUUGAUCUCUCCAAUAAUAGUUUAACAGGUAAAUUGCCAUCUGAAUUCUUCAAAAAUUUGAAGGCCAUGAGAUUUAGAGAUGCUGCCAAUUCAUCGUAUCUUGUGGCAAACUUGGAUUAUUUUUCGGAGGCUAUUUCAUGGAACGGGGACAUUGCUUUCUCAAUAACUAUAACAAACAAAGGCAGGGUAAUGCAGUAUGAAAAGAUUCAAGAAAUUUUUGCUGUCAUUGACCUUUCAAGUAACAGAUUUGAAGGAUCAAUUCCAGAGAGUUUGGGGAUCUUACAAGGGCUUCAUGUGCUUAACCUUUCAAACAACAUUCUCACUGGUAAAAUCCCGUCAUCCUUGGGAAACAUAACGGAGCUUGAAUCACUUGAUCUCUCCAACAACAAGCUCUCAGGACAGAUCCCUCUGCAACUUGGACAAUUGACAUUUCUUGGUGAGUUUAAGGUCGCUCAUAACCAUCUCACUGGCCCUAUACCCCAGCUGAACCAGCUUAACACAUUCGAUGUAAGUUCGUAUGAGGGGAACAUUGGACUAUGCGGAAUUCCAUUGCCAAAAAAGUGUGGAAGUUCAAUACCACCUUCUCGUUUUGAAGAUGAACAAGAUUCAGGGUCCGCAUUGGUGUUUGAUUGGAUCACAAUCCUACCAGGAUAUGUUAGUGGACUAGUAAUUGGAGUGGUUAUUGGGCAGAUAUAUGCAACCAAGAAGCAUGACUGGUUUGUUAAGACUUUUGGCCAGUGGAAACAAAAACGCAAGAGGAGGAAGAUGCAGAGGUGGUUGACUUCAUUCGUGAAAAAGAAUGUGGAUUAUGAUCUGCUGAACAAGUUGAAGUUCAAGUUAUCGUCCCUUGAUAAAGUGUUGGAUGAUGCUGAGAAGAAGCAACUCUCUGACCCAGCUGUGAGGAAAUGGCUGAAUGAGCUCAAAUACACAUACUACAAUACAGAGGACUUGGUGUAUGAGAUCAACACCGAAGCUUUACGAUGCGAGAUCGAUGGCAUGGGUGGGUUGGGCAAGACCACCCUUGCUAGGCUCGCUUACAAUGAUGUCCAAGUAAACAACUUAUUUGACAUCAAAGUGUGGAUUAUAGUAUCUGAUGAGUUUGAUGUUCUUGACUUAACAAAAAGAAUUCUCAAAGAGAUCAAUCCGCCAACGUCCUCUAUCGAUAUCGAGGAGCUAUACAGCUUUCAGCUCGAACUGAAAAAGGUUUUGAAAGACAAAAAGUUUCUCUUGGUCCUUGAUGAUGUUUGGAACAGGAAUUAUGACCGCUGGAAUGCAUUGAGGACUUCACUUUAA